UCGCACGUUCUCACGGUUUUUUUCUUGCAAACAUCAGAAAAAAUAGAAAAUUCUGAUGUUCAUAAGUUAAGAAACCGAUCUAAAAUGCUUACGCUAAAUAUUCGUCGCAAUGUGCAACUCUUGCUUCGUGGAACUAGCGGCCGGCUGGCAUAUUCGACGAGGGCUCUAGCCAAUCCCAACGAAGAAUACUCGGACCAACCCCAGUACCCGGCUAUCGAGGAUCUUAGUUUCAAGUCCAAAAAGAAACGUGAGAUUGCCCAAUGGCACGAACGGAUUCGUCUGUUAAGUUCCGUCGAGGAAAAGCUGUUCGAAAUCAAUAUGCCCAAGUACUACGGCUACAAAGCGCACAUGAUAACGGACCAAAAGUUCCCCUACAAUGUGCUACCGCUAGCACAGUACGCAACCAGGACACAUCUUGUGGAGGAGCAGCUGCCGGAGACUUAUGGACAUUUAGAAGAGAGCGCAAAAAAGGUGCUGGAAGAAGUGCGCGGGGAGCUUGAGGAUGUCAUCGGGUUUGAGCUGGGUGGGUACAGACGGUCACCUGAGGAAUUAUUACCCAAAGACCAGGAAGAAAAAAUCACAUCGUCGCUUUUGACCGGAUUGAAUCGUGUCUUGGUUAAUAGUCUGUCUAACAAGUACAGUCAUCUGAGUGAAGUUGAAACAGACUUUGAUCCCCGGCACGAAGCCUUUUGGUUCCUUGGCGGUAUUCCGCCGCCAGCCUUGGUAAAGAAAAUAAAGGAAGGAGUGGAAUGGCAGAAGCAGUACGCUAAUGAUCCUUACGAUCGUAAGAUUCAGUACGUUGGAAAGCCGUACCUUGCGCUGAGACAUAAACAUCCGCUGAAUUCGUAUGGGCACGACAACUUGGAUGUUAACCAAGAUAAGGUGGAGAUUCCGGAAUUUAGAUACGAUCCGAUUACGUUGGGAUAUCGUACCGAGCAGCGUCAUGCUACGACGAUUCCUGGCUUCUGGCCUGGUGAUCAGCAUGAAUUUGGAUUGAUUUCGUUCCAACGCAGAAGCCAUGCUCAAAUUCGUCCCACGUAUUGCGCAGUCGAUGACCUGCAGGAAGCUCUACAUGCACAAGGUAUCUUCUCCAGCUAUGCAUGGGCUUUUGGCCAGGCUUGCUAUCAAGGAUUCUCCACCUUCAAUGAUCUAACUUAUCCACUCUCGACGCAAACCGUGAUUACGGAUGGGAAAAAGUGGUCUUUUUAUGCGUAUCAGUUGAACACUACUCUGGUGCACUCAGAUCACGUUGACCUGAAUCCGCGGUACAAUCAGUGUUGGGGAACGAAAGAGCUCCAACUGUACGAUCACGUUGAUGAGAGCGGAAAAGUACACGGACUGAAUGACGAAGUUCUGUUGCAUUUGAUUUCUUUCUACACGAAUGUCCCACGGGCUCGUGAGGGUGUGGAUCUGAAGCCCUACCUGUGCACGACGGAAACCCGAGUGGCGGACAUAUUGGACGAAAAGCGUCGAGUCUUCAUGGAACAAACGUACAAACAUGUUGUUUCUAACAGACCUCGUCACCGUCCGGAGCCGGAGCUUUAUCAGUGGGAGAAGAUCUACAAGGUAGAUAAUCCCACGCGUCCGAUGGAACCCAAGCGAAGACCAUUUGAGUUGGGUGAGAAAAUGUACCAGCGAACAAUGGAUGAGCAUGCCCUGAAGUAUAUUCCACGCAAGAUCCGUCCGGAUGGACCGAAGAGUAAACCCCGGUUCGAGGCAACCUACUACCCAAAUGUAAGGCGAUAGGAAGAAUUGUGUCGCCGGUAUUGUA